CCUCAAAGUAUCGAUAUAACUUUUAAUUUAAGAAGAAACCUUUGUUAUAUUAUACUUCAUAAAGGUUUACCAGUAAGAUGGUGAUUUUUCUUAAUAUCAGUAUCGGUCAAUAUGUUGAAGUUAAACAUAAAGAAAAGAUAGUUUGUGGAACUGUCAAAUAUAAAGGCCAUGUCAAUGGUGAAAGUGGAGAAUGGAUUGGAAUACAACUUGAUUAUCCAAUUGGAAAACAUAAUGGAACAUUGAGGGGACGCCAGUAUUUUAAAUGUCCAAACAAUACAGGUCUUUUCACCCAUGCUAGUAACGUCAGAUUCCGAAGAAUAACAAGAAGAAGCAGAGACGCAUAUCGUAAAGUGGAUAAAAGUUGGUCAGAUGGUGAAGAUCUGUCAUCUUCUACCGAGUCUAUAGGUAGAAGCAAUGGAUGUUACAGUGUGGGAAUGGAUUAUGUCCGGAAAGCUAAAGUUGCUUUUGACCCAGUUCUCACUCAAAGGUCUGAAGAUUUUAUGCAAGAAUCUCGAUAUCCAUUGAAGCAGUCUAUAAGUCGUAUGAAGCCGGCUGCUACUAUGCUUAAACAACCAUGUUUCGAUACACCGUACAGGUCUUACCCCAUAUAUGAGGAUUAUUCUAGUGUUGAUCCUUAUAUAUCCCAUGCAAGUAUACCUCAUUACACAAUGCCACACGAGGUGCAGAAGCGUCAGGUUAAACGUGGAGAUUGGGAAUCUUUUGGGUUAACUAAGCCAAGAUUUAUGUCUGUGUAACUAACUGUGUUUAUGUAUGCUGUAUAAAAAUAUGUGAUUGUCUUUUGUACAUGUAUAAAUAUGUGAUGUUGGCCUACUAUAUUUUUUACUGUUAUUUUUAAAAUGGAUUUUUUAUUAAUAUUUUAGGACAUAAAAAAUAUCAAAUUGAUUAAAUAAUAGAUUGUUUAAAUGCUGUUUCAUGUUAUAGGUUACAUGACAUGCAUUACUUGCUUGCACACUAAGUUCAAUUAUUUUAUUUCGCUCACUUUCUUCCAAGUUUACAAAUCAUUUACAUAUAUUUCCCAUCAACAAGCAAUGCUUAUAUGCCUGAAUGAUACUUCAUACCUUAAUUAGACCAACUGAACGCACUGAAAUGGGGGGAGUCACCUCCAGAAUGUAUUUUAGUAAAAUGUAAAUUCUUACUCAUUAUGUAAUGCGUCUUAGGAGAAUCGAACUUUCAUGUUUACUCAUUGUUUGCGUAUACUGAUCAUGUGUAUUUAAGAAUAUGUUUAAUUAUUGUUUAAUUUCACAACUUUAACAUUCCUGCCAAAUUAACGUACUGUAAUUGUGUUUAGUUAUAGUAGCACUGUGAUAUAAGAUACACUGUGUAUUAUGUUGUUAUGUUUAAUAUUCACUGUCUCACUUAUAAUUGCUUCAUUGUUUUGUAUAUUGAGCUCAUAUAAAGACUACCGGUACUUAAUUCGUCACGUCACAUACCUAGUUCUCUUA